GCGCACACAUGACUUCAAUUUAUUUCGAUUCGUCGUACCGGACGGGUGUAGUUCUUCGAUUGCUCCGGGCCUUUAGUUUGGCGCUUGGCGCUCAAGGCAUUGUGAUCGUUUUUGAACCAUUAUUGUUUGCAGACCGGUGACCUUGAAAUCCGAAAAUGCAUCCAAGAUCGCGAUUUGGGAUCUGUUCUGCACUAUUAGCCGUGUUGCUGACACGUGCAGCUACGGCUUGGAGAAGAACCGGCACGGAUCAUACCGAAACUUCUAUCUACAGUCGUAUGCCACCCGUGUACCACUACGAAGACAAACUUCAGUGUCUCCAUGAAGAGCCCACUAACGUGUACUGCAUAUCCAGGACAUUGGUAAAGCCGGACAGCUCUUCUGAAAACUGGAAUCUAAUCGAGAAAAACUCUGCCGAAGAUACAGACUUUCAACGUUACGUGCUGGACCGCGGAUUCUGCGUCAAAAGCUGUGAAACAUUGGUAAACAGCUUGACCCAAGAACAACAGAACCAAUAUGACCACGAGCCGGUUUCUGUGGAUACUCCGCAUACCUACGACUCCAGCUACAUUCCCGGCAUGGACAGAUACAGACAAAAGUACAAUCGGCUGACCAACAUCUGCCACAACUACCAACUUCGCCAUAGCUACAAUCUGUCUGGUUAUUCAUUCAUUGAGCAUUGCAUGGGCGCAGAUGAUCUAAGAAAACCCAUGACCUUGUUCCACAUCCUCUUCGUUGCCCUCUCCAGCAUCAUCUUCUUCUUGGUGGUUCGCGCCACAUAUUAUGAUACGAUGGGUGUUCGUAACCAAAACAACAAUCUUGUUACGGCUAAGGAUCAUAUUUGGAUGGAGUUCUCACUAAAGCGGAGUAUUCGUCGUUUGUUCGUCACGCCGCAAACUACGCUACAUCGGGACUUCGCGUUCGUGGAAUCAGUUCGGGUCAUUUCGGUACUACUAAUCACUGCUGUUCACGUGCUAAUGGCAUUCGGAGCCAGCCCAAUGGAGAACCCUGAAUCUGUGGAGCUGCUCUUCCGGAAUCCAUUGAUGCGGAUGGCUUCAGCAGUGUUUCCAUUCUUGGUGCACACGUUCUUCACCGUCGGUGGAAUAUUGCUUUCGGUGCAUUUCCUGGACUUUAUGGAAUCUGGUUCGAAGUUUCGCUGGCAGUAUUUCUUUAUGGGAGUGGUCAACCGGUACCUUCGGCUGUUUCCAGUGUACUUCACCAUGUGGCUGUACCAGGUUUCGUGGUUUGAUCGAUUGGGGGAUGGAGCAACCGUGCACUCGCUGGUAGGUGUUGAAAUGCAAAUGUGCAAAGAUAACGGAUGGUCGAACUUCCUGUUUAUAAACAACUAUUAUAAAUUUGAUAAAGAGUGCAUGCAGCAAACCUGGUAUUUGGCGGCCGAUUUUCAAUUCUUCUGUAUCGGAAUGCUUCUCAUGAUGAUCUUGUGGCGGUUUCCACGAUCCAUAAAGCUGAUGAUUUAUGCAAUGAUGACCAUUUCGAUUGUCGUUCCCAUAGUUAACAACUAUGCUUACAAUUUUGUUGGCGUAGUCUUGCUCAACUUCAAGCACCUACGCUUCAUGCUUUACUUCUACGAAUGGGUCAAGCGUGAUUACAUUUUGCCCCAUCCGCACACAUGCAGUUACUUUUCCGGAAUCAUAGCAGGAAUUGCUUACCAUCAGUACCGAAAGGAUCCUCAGUACCUUGAACGACUCCGAGUUUAUCAGGUUUUGAAACGGCUGGCGCCGCUCAUGGUUUUGCUGCUGUCGGCUCCGGCAACGUACUUCUACAACAUCAGACCUGAGGAACCUUCGCUUUGGAUGGCAUUCUAUGCAUCCGCUCAUCGGAAUUUCUUUGGAAUCAUGUGUGGCGUGGGGCUUCUGUAUGGGGCAACGGAUGGAAGCGUGAGGCUUCCCGCUAUUAUGCGGCAUCCAACUAUGUUGGCCAUUGGGAGGCUAUCGUUCAGCGUCUACUUGGCACAGUUCAAUGCUAUUCGUUACGUCUUUAUGGAUGUCAAAGAGUACGGAUUCUAUUUGAAUGUGUUCAAUUAUCUGUAUUCGUUUAUUAUGAGUUAUGUGUUAUCUUACGCAGCAGGACUGUUGUUAUGUACUACAAUUGAAUUGCCAAUGGCAGCUGUUAUUAAACGAUUGCAAGGCUCUAAAAAAACGAUAAAGAACGAUGACUCCAAGAAUGAUGAAAACGGUAACGUGAGACUCAAGGAUUUGUAGAAUUAUUGCUCAAUACGUAUGUGCAUUUGUACAGUUGAUGUAAAAUGGUUAUUACCCAUGUAAAUUGUUAAUAUUUAAGCUACUGUCUGUCAUACCCGUUUUAUAAAUUUUAUGAAUGUUUUAAAUCGAACAUAAAAUUUAGUAACGCAAGGUCUCAUAAUGUUCAACAAAUUUUGUAAUGCCAUCUUAUUAAAGACUAACUUAAAUAAUUUAAAA